AGAAAAAAAAAAUAGUAAAACCUUUCCAUUUCUUUUUCUUCUUAUUUUUAUGUUCUGUGUUUUGUGUUUUCUCUCUCUUCCCUCCUCUCUCAUACUGCGGGGUGGGACCAGGUAACUUCUGCCAUUUCUCAAGCGUUCAAGCCUCGAUCUUCCCUUGAUGGCCCUGCCCUCUAUUUCUUGACACCUUUAAUUUCCUAUCCAUGGAGAAGGUACCAGGGAUGGAAGGCAAGGCUGAGAGUCAAAUGACUUCGGCUGAAGCCUUCGUCGAAGGAGGGAUUCAAGAAUCGUGUGAUGAUGCUUGCAGCAUAUGCCUUGAGGAUUUCUCCGAAAGUGAUCCUUCGACAACCACUGCAUGCAAGCAUGAGUUUCACCUUCAAUGUGUUCUUGAAUGGUGCCAGAGAAGCUCUCAGUGCCCUAUGUGUUGGCAAACUAUUAGCAUGAAGGAUCCAACCAGUCAAGAGCUGUUUGAGGCAGUAGAACGGGAAAGGAAGUUGAGGGCUAUCGCACCAAGGACUGCUGCUAUCUUUCACCACCCUGCCUUUGGUGAUUUUGGACUGCAGCAUUUAGGCAUAAGUGAUGCUGAUCUUGAACAACGAAUAAUUCAACAUUUAGCUGCAGCAGCAGCAGUUGGGAGAUCACACCAUCAUGGUCGGAGGGAAGGGCAUCAAACUAGGGCAUCUGCUCAUGGUCAUCCACCCGUUAUCGUUUUGUCAUCUCAGCCACCGCAAGUCCCUGAAUCAUCUCCUAGAGGGGGAGAUGAACCAGCUACAAAUCCUUUAGGAACUCCAUCUAGUCCUAUGACAUCCCGUGGAGGUGAAAUAUCACGGCAGAUCCCACAUCUUCAGACUCAAAGCUCUUCUUCAGCUCCUCGGGAUAGAGACUCUAUUGCGCAAUCUUCUCCAGCAAACCAAGAUAGAGCAGGGCCAUCAGAAUCCCAGUCCAUUUCUGAUUCUCUGCGGGCCCGAUUUAGUGCGUUGUCCAUGAGAUACAAAGAGUCAAUUUCAAAAGGCGCAAGGGGAUGGAAGGAGAGGCUGUUCUGUCAUGGUUCUUCCAUGUCAAAAGUUGGCUCAGAAGCUAGGAGAGAGGCUGGAAUUGCCGGCGUCACACAAUUGGUGCAAUCCCAAUCUCUUCAAAAUAGAGCAACUUAUAGAACUGCGACUACCUCUUUGUCAAAUCAUUUGGAGGAUCAUCCCACUGGAGAGGUGACCAACCAGAACAGGGGAGCUAGAAGAGAGAAUGCAUCGCAUGAUAACACUCCAGCUGCUUGUUCUGCUAGCUCACGUUCAAAUUGAGCUCUAUUUUGUUUCUGUCGAUAAAAUCUUUCCUCAUCAUCUCAUGUUUGAAGGUUAAUUAUUCCCCGGACAUGUUGCAAAAUGGAAAUAUAUGUUCUGUUCUGGUUUUACAAUAACAAGUUAAAAGGAUCUGAAAGAUGCAACUGUGAUUGAACCUAUAAUGUUACUAUCUUCAUGUAUAUAUGCAUACGUAACAUGUAAUAUACAUUAAUACCGGUAAUGUUUUAUGAAAUUGGCAAGCCAUGGGCAUAUACUGUGAUAAGUGACAUGAAUGUGCGCCCAAAGUUGGAGACGUUUUCCCAUAUUUGUCCUAAUUAGUUACUCUACAUAUAAUGAUUGAUUUGUGUCA